CCGCGCCGCCCCUCGCCUCGCGCCGCCCGCGCACUGCCCCGGCGCCAGCAAGUCCCUCAGCAACCGCGUGCACGCGCAUCACCACCACGCGGUGGCGAUGCCGCCGGCCAAGGACGCGGAGGAGGCCGCCGUCCCGUGGCGCCCACCGCCGUUCGAGGCCAUCAAGGCGGAGCAGAAGGCGCCGCUGAUCCUGGCGGGGCAUUUCGCGAGGACGAGCGUUGAGACGGCGACGAGCAGCGGCGGCGACGGCGGAAGCACCGACAGCGGCGGCGACGACGGCGGCAGCGGCGUGGAAGUUCCAGAGGCGGCGCGGCGCGGCUGGGGCCGGCGGUACACGCGCCGGGAAAUGGAGGAGGCCACGGCCGGGCUCGCCGCCGCGAACGUGAUGGGCGAAGGUGGCUACGGCGUCGUAUACAAGGGCGUGCUCCGGGACGGCACCGCCGUCGCCGUCAAAAACCUCCACAACAACCGGGGCCAGGCAGAGAAAGAUUUCAGGAAGGAGGUUGAGACGAUCGGGCGCGUCCGGCACAAGAACCUGGUCAGUUUGCUCGGCUACUGCAGCGAGGGAGCUUGCAGGAUGCUUGUUUACCAGUACAUGGAGAACAGUAAUCUGGACAGGUGGCUGCACCACGAUGACAGUGAGAUCAGUCCACUGACCUGGGACAUCAGGAUGCGCAUACUCCUUGGAACAGCUAAAGGGUUGGCGUACCUUCACGAAGGGCUGGAGCCCAAGAUCGUCCACCGCGACAUCAAGUCCGGCAACAUCCUCCUCGACCGGCAGUGGAGCGCCAAGGUGUCGGACUUCGGGCUCGCCAAGCUUCUCUGCUCGGAGAGGCCCUUCGUCACCACUCGUGUCAUGGGGACGUUCGGGUAUGUGGCGCCGGAGUACGCGAAAACCGGGAUGCUGAACGAGAGGAGCGACGUUUACAGCUUCGGAGUGCUGGUCAUGGAGGUCAUAACCGGCAGGACUCCGGUGGACUACACAAGACCAGCCGAUGAGGUGAACCUGGUGGAGUGGCUGAAGCGCAUGGUCGCCGAGCGGAGGGUGGAGGAGGUGCUGGACCCCCGGCUGCCGGAGCCGCCGCCGCCGCCCAAGGCGCUGAAGCGGGUGGUCCUCGCCGCGCUCCGGUGCGUCGACCCGGAGGGCGGCCAGAGACCCACGAUGGCGCACGUGGUGCACAUGCUCGAGGACGACCAGAUACAGCGAGACGAAUUCAAGCUCGCCCGGGACCUGUCCCCUCGGGAGUCGGAUAGCUAUGAGCGCGAGCGCGGCGGGUGAUGGGAGGAGCAGGCCACGCGACGCCGGGCAGCAAUCUGGGACACCUGGGUGCUGAGUAACAGCGAAAUGUGUUCGGUACAAGCUGAGAUCUAGUAGCUGCAUUUGUUCUGUGACAGCCAACGACCGUGCCACCAGCUGAUCCUCGAUCGCUGAUUUAUUUGUGUCUUGCCACCUCCUAAAGGAAGAAGCUAGUGCCGUUUCGAUCCAA